CUUUGCUGCAGAUAAAAUGCACAUGUAACUUCUGGUGUCGUAGCCUCGCCCGGCCCCCUGUACACUCCACGCAAUAGAGUCCUCGAAUAUGAUUGUAUGAUCAAGACAAGAUCCCGGCCACAUGACAUCAUAUCUCUCUCCGUAAAACUAUCAGACUCGGGACGGGCAGGACGGAGUCUUCGCCCUUACCUCAGUGGUUGGUUCUCAUGCGGCAUCGGUCCGUGUGGCUCCAGGGGUCCUGGGAAGAUCUCAAAACUUGAAUGACCAAGUACGGAUGCAGACGCAAGCAACGUGACAAGCCUAGAGGCCUGGUACAGAUGGAUACAUACCCCUCAUCUGACCUUUGGCCUUCUGGUACUUUAAUAAGACACCGCCGUCCACGGGGCAGAUGUUCAGUUGGUUUUGGCAUUCACCGUCAACCAACUUCAUCUCAUACUCGUCCCAUCUAAUAACAGACAUCACGUCCCUGCCGCUAGGAAUUCGGCAGAAAGAUAUAGCAACAAAACACGCAAUGGCCACGGCAGAAACCGUAGAUCUGGGCGCUGUGCACGCGCCUAAAGAAGAGUCAAUCAAGGUAUUCCAAGAGAUCGCGCACGAUCUCAAAAAAGAACUUCUCCACAUCCGACGUGAACAUCAAAAGCACGAGCCCGAGUACUUUCAGGCCGUUGAACACCUCGACGAUCACCAACUGGCCGCUUUUGGCCCGGACAACUUUGUAGCCGUAAGAGUUGCCAGUUCGGCUUACGGAAUCCACCUCUUUGGCAAGGUCCGAAUCCCAGCACUACCUGAGUCGGGACCUGCCUACAUUCACUUCCGCGCCUUUGUGCCCGGAGCUGAGCCGCCAAAGCUUCACAGCAUCCACACUGAAGAGACUGAGCAUUCGGAUGGGGACAAGACGUAUAGAGCCAUAUUCACUAAAGAUGACGACCUUGAGUGGUUUGACACAUAGCUAGAUAUGGGAUAGGUCGGUAGCGAGUUGAUCAGGAGUUCUCAUCUCAUGGGCUUGUAUUACCCAGACAUAC